AUGUCAUCGGCUUUGAUCUUGGGUGCGACUGGAGCUGUCGGCGAGCAAAUACUUAAGGAGCUUUUGGCUUGUCCUGCCGUGUCAAGAGUCACAUCUAUCGGCCGCAGAGAAGCUGUUUACGAUGGCCCGGGCAAGAACAAGUUGGUCCAGCAGGUCGUUGAUUUUGAUAAUCUGGAGCCGCACCGAGACGUCUUAAAAGGACACGACUCGAUAUACAUUACCCUUGGCACAACUCGUGCGCAAGCAGGUUCAGCAGCCGCCUUUACGAAGGUCGACCAGGAAAUUCCCUUGCAGUGCGUGAGACUGGCCCUCGAGCCCUCCAAAAAUCAACAUGUGCUGUACUGUUCGUCAGCUGGAGCGAACAAGUCGAGCAUGUUCUUGUACCCACGCUCGAAGGGGGAGACGGAGGAAGAAUUAACAAAGUUAGCUGAGGCGGCCGGCGGAAGAACCAGUAUUUUCAGACCAGCAUACUUGCGCACUGUCAAGCCUCGCCCGGAACAGCGAACUAUGGAAGCCUUCUUUGGAAAGUUUAUCAUCCCAACAAUCGAGUCUGUCGGCUUCAAAUGGAGUAAUCCGGUCACCGAUGUAGCAAAGGCAAUGGUCAAAGUAGGCAUCAGCGGAGCAAAUCAGAGUGCCAUUUAUGAUAGCCCUACGAUAGCGCAGCUAGCAAGGGAUGUCUAG